UAAUCUGCAGUGCUUAGUUGUUUUGUUUACUGUUAGCCGCUGCUCAACAAUAGUUAUAGUCUAAGAAGACCGUGAACUUUUCUAUAGUAUUCUUAAAAAAUGCCAAAAGCACGCAAUGCUAUUAAGGAGAAAAAUGCUGUUUCUCGAGCAAAUCCAGAAACAAAAGUCCAAAAGCAUGAUGAUCAUGUUGUUGAAUCAAAUGACUUCCAAAGUAUGUCAUCACCGCCUUCCGACAAUUCAGACACUGAUAAUGGUCACAAAGAUUGUAGUUCUUUUGACAAUAAUGAACUCUAUAAGUUACGGGGACAGAAUUGGUCACAGUUUUUCAAUUUGAUCAAAGAUGACGUUGAUACUAUCAACAAACUACAUGAAAAUGCUAAACAGGAUUUGGAAAAACCCUCAACAUCCUUAAAAUCAGUUAUUCCAUUAGAUAGCAAUGAUAUGCCCGAUUAUGGCUUACACCCAAAGACUACAACAUUGGAAAUGGUUGUAUGCAAUUAUUGUUCGGGAGUUUAUAAACUAAGUGGCUUUAAAAAUCAUGUAAACUUGCGCCAUCCAGAAAUAUGGGUUAAGAUAUCUAAGAAAACUAUGCGGUUAGAACAAGCUUGCAAAAAAUCAAAAAAACCAAAAUAACAUAGACGAAAAGCACUUUUGUUCAUAUACAUUAUGUGACAUAAUGGAAGAAUAUAUCUUUCAUUGGUCUUUGAAGAUAAAAUAUGUCAAAAUAGAAAAGAAAAUCAAUUUUGCAUACAGAAAAUUUUUGGCACUAUUCGUAGGCAAUGGAAUCGUGACCUACCUCUAAUCUCAAACAUUUCGAAAGUCAUUAAAAAUUAUAAAUUAAUUAUUAAUUGUCAUUGCCACAAACGAAUUAUCUAUAAGUAAGUCUUAGUUUAGAUCAGAAAUGUCUAUUAAAAACUACAAGUUAAUAAAAAUGUUAAAAAUGCA